ACACAGAGAUCCCAGACACAGGAGGUCUGGGUCAAUGUGCAGAGCCCAAACCUGCUGUGGCUCAGGGGGCAGCUCACACCGUGGGCACCAGCCAGCCCUAGGUCCAAACUUACAGGGAAGGAUGGCUGGGCUGGGGAGGACAAAUAAUUAUGGAUGGACAUCACAGCCCCUCGGUGGUCGUGAGUGGGUGCAGAGGGGCUUGCAGAAGCGACAUUCCUGCCCCAGGGAUGAGGCUGCCUCUCAGAGGACCCAGGCGUGGAGGAAGCAGUGGCCCCUCUUAGGCAUCCCUCCCCUAACUGUGUGCAGCGUGGAGAUGAGAGUCUUGGCCCAGGAGGAAGAGUGAGCUUCCAGACUUAGCUUUGGUGCUUGUCAGCGCAAUCAUGGCUGCAAGAAAAGCCUCCAUGGCUGAUGUUCCCAGAGGCAGGGCCUGGCGAGGCCACGCUUUCCUCUCCAGCAAGCAUUUGGACCUGAGGGAGCCGAGGUUUCCAGAGGCAGGAGCCAGGUGUCUGGCGUUUGGGGUCAGCCACCCCCGGAAGCCAGUGUUCCCAGCGGGAGAAGCUGAAGCCUGGAGGGCUGGCUGUGCUGUGCUGGGCACACGCAGGGCAGGAGGCAGUGCACAUGUGAGGCUCUGCGGAGAAAGGCGCCGGAAGAGGCCCGGGCCAGCAGGGACAUAGCAGGCCGGGGUCCCACCCAAACCCAGCACCCCUCCCAGGCCUUCUCGGCUGGGGCUGACUCCAGCAGUGGGUGUGAUAUUCUCAGGAGAUGUGCGUUGACUCCAGCACUGGGUGUGAUAUUCUCAGGAGAUGUGCGUUGGUCCCCUUAGCUCCUUGGGAUUUUCGGCUCAAACUCUGGGCCUGGACAAAUGGUCUCAGGUAACUUGGGAGCUCGUCAGGGACAGAACCUGAGUUUGAACGAGCUCUCUGUGGGACUCCCACCCAGGGCAGCGGUUAGGAGCCCCCUCCUGGACUGCCAGUUUUCAAGUGACGUAUUUAAGUAUCCCCCUCCCGGUCCUGGAAAAGUAGAGAGGCAGCCGGGAGCCUGCCUUCUGUGUUCUCGGUGCAGGGGUAUUCUGAGAACGGCCCCUGCUCACAUGGGUUUAAAAGGAACUCAGUGACCACAGACGGAUGAGAACAGCAGACGCAGCUGCCUCCCGGGCACUCAAAGGCUCAACUCCCCAUGGGCGUGUGUUGCCAGGGGCAGAAGGCUUGGCCCCCUGGGUCAGCAUACUCUCCGGACAGCUCAUCCCUGCCAGCCCAGGUCCCUGCAGCCCUGGGGCUAGCACAGGGGAUGUGGACCUCAGCCUAGGUCCCCACAGCUGUGGGGCUGGCUCAGGGGACGGAUCUCUGCUAAGCAUGGCCCCUGCCAGCUCAGGUCCCUGCCACUCAGUGGAUGGGACUUUGGCGGAGUGUGGGGCCCCUGCAGGGAGGGUCUAGACAAGCAACACCAGGAACCUGAAGCCUCCCCGGCCAGGGCUCAGCUGUCGCCAGGAUCGCAACAGUUAAGCUGCCUGCAGCAGGAUAAGUGAGCCGAUGCUGCUCCUUAAUCAGGGACAUCGAAUCGGAGGCCCUGGGAGGAGCAGCCGGCUGGCUGCCCUGCAGAGGCCAGGUCUGCGCAGCAAACCCAGGAAGGUGUGGCGUCCCCGCUUCGCGGCCAAGAUGGUGCUGGUGCUGCGCCAUCCUUUGUGUGCCCGGGAAGGGCGUUCCGGGAGCCGGGUCCGGGACUCCUGACUCGCAUUGGGCAGCAUGACGGUGAGCCGGCUGUCACUGCUGUGCCGGGACCUCUGGGCGCUGUGGCUGCUGCUGAAGGCCGGCGCAGAUGAAAUCAUGCACCAGGACAUCGUCCCGCUCUGUGCUGCCGACAUCCAGGACCAGCUAAAGAAGCGCUUUGCUUACCUGUCCGGUGGGCGGGGGCAGGACGGAAGCCCGGUCAUCACCUUCCCUGACUACCCGGCCUUCAGCGAGAUUCCGGACAAGGAGUUCCAGAAUGUCAUGACCUACCUCACCAGCAUCCCCAGCCUGCAGGACGCUGGCAUCGGAUUCAUCCUGGUGAUAGACCGGCGACGGGACAAAUGGACCUCCGUGAAGGCGUCCGUCCUGCGCAUCGCAGCAUCUUUCCCGGCAAACCUGCAGCUCGUCCUCGUGCUUCGCCCGACGGGUUUUUUCCAAAGGACUCUCUCCGACAUCGCUUUCAAAUUCAAUAGAGAUGACUUUAAGAUGAAGGUGCCGGUCAUAAUGCUGAGCUCCGUACCAGACUUACACGGUUACAUCGAUAAGUCGCAGCUGACCGAGGACCUGGGUGGGACCCUGGACUACUGCCACUCCCGGUGGCUGUGCCAGCGCACGGCCAUCGAAAGUUUCGCCCUCAUGGUGAAGCAGACGGCUCAGAUGCUGCAGUCCUUCGGGACCGAGCUGGCCGAAACAGAGCUGCCCAACGACGUCCAGUCGACAAGCUCAGUGCUGUGUGCGCACACAGAGAAGAAGGACAAGGCGAAGGAGGAUUUGAGGCUGGCACUGAAAGAGGGGCACAGUGUCCUGGAGAGCCUCAGGGAGCUGCAGGCUGAGGGCUCAGAGCCCAGUGUGAACCAGGACCAGCUUGACAACCAGGCCACCGUGCAGAGGCUCCUGGCCCAGCUGAACGAAACUGAGGCUGCCUUUGAUGAGUUCUGGGCAAAGCAUCAGCAGAAACUGGAGCAGUGUCUGCAGCUCCGGCACUUUGAGCAGGGCUUCCGGGAGGUCAAAGCCAUCUUGGACGCAGCGUCCCAGAAGAUAGCAACCUUCACAGACAUCGGCAACAGCCUGGCGCAUGUGGAGCACCUGCUGAGGGACCUGGCCAGUUUCGAGGAGAAAUCAGGCGUGGCCGUGGAGAGGGCCCGGGCCCUGUCUCUGGACGGCGAGCAGCUCAUUGGGAACAAACACUACGCGGUAGACUCCAUCCGCCCAAAGUGCCAGGAGCUCCGGCACCUCUGUGACCAGUUCUCUGCGGAGAUCACAAGGAGGAGGGGGCUGCUCAGCAAGUCCCUGGAGCUGCACCGCCGCCUGGAGACGUCCAUGAAGUGGUGUGAUGAAGGGAUUUACCUGCUGGCCUCACAACCUGUGGACAAGUGCCAGUCCCAGGACGGCGCGGAGGCUGCCCUCCAGGAAAUCGAGAAGUUUUUGGAGACCGGUGCGGAAAAUAAGAUCCAGGAGCUCAACGCGAUUUACAAGGAAUACGAAUCCAUCCUCAACCAAGAUCUCAUGGAGCACGUGCGAAAGGUCUUCCAGAAGCAGGCAAGCAUGGAGGAGGUGUUCCACCGCAGGCAGGCCAGCCUGAAGAAGCUGGCGGCCAGGCAGACGCGGCCCGUGCAGCCGGUGGCCCCCAGACCCGAGGCACUGGCAAAGUCGCCCUGCCCCUCCCCAGGCAUUCGGCGAGGCUCUGAGAACUCCAGCUCCGAGGGCGGUGCUCUCCGGAGAGGGCCCUACCGGAGGGCCAAGAGUGAGAUGAGUGAGAGCCGGCAGGGCCGCGGCUCAGCGGGGGAGGAGGAGGAAAGCCUGGCCAUUCUGCGCAGGCACGUGAUGAGCGAGCUCCUGGACACAGAACGGGCCUACGUGGAGGAGCUGCUGUGCGUCCUGGAGGGCUACGCCGCGGAGAUGGAUAACCCGCUGAUGGCUCACCUCCUGUCAACAGGCCUUCACAACAAGAAGGAUGUUUUGUUUGGAAACAUGGAGGAAAUCUAUCACUUCCACAACAGGAUAUUCCUCAGGGAGCUGGAAAACUACACUGACUGCCCAGAACUGGUUGGAAGAUGCUUUCUGGAGAGGAUGGAGGAUUUCCAGAUCUACGAGAAGUACUGUCAGAACAAGCCCCGCUCUGAGAGCCUGUGGAGACAGUGCUCCGACUGCCCGUUUUUCCAGGAAUGCCAGAGAAAGCUGGACCACAAGCUGAGCCUGGACUCCUACCUGCUGAAGCCAGUGCAGAGGAUCACCAAGUACCAGCUGCUGCUCAAGGAAAUGCUGAAAUACAGCAGGAACUGCGAGGGGGCUGAGGACCUGCAGGAGGCGCUGAGCUCCAUCCUGGGCAUCCUGAAGGCCGUGAACGACUCCAUGCACCUCAUCGCUAUCACCGGCUAUGACGGGAAUCUCGGCGACCUGGGCAAGCUGCUGAUGCAGGGCUCGUUCAGCGUCUGGACCGACCACAAGAGGGGCCACACCAAGGUGAAGGAGCUGGCCAGGUUCAAGCCCAUGCAGCGGCACCUGUUCCUGCACGAGAAGGCAGUGCUCUUCUGCAAGAAGAGGGAGGAGAAUGGGGAGGGGUAUGAGAAAGCUCCCUCCUACAGCUACAAGCAGUCCUUAAACAUGGCUGCCGUUGGCAUUACGGAGAACGUGAAGGGAGAUGCUAAGAAGUUCGAGAUCUGGUACAACGCACGCGAGGAGGUCUACAUUGUCCAGGCGCCAACUCCUGAGAUUAAAGCCGCGUGGGUGAAUGAAAUUCGGAAAGUGCUGACCAGCCAGCUGCAGGCUUGCAGAGAAGCCAGCCAGCACCGGGCGCUGGAGCAGUCACAGAGCCUGCCCCUGCCGGCCCCGACCAGCACCAGUCCCUCAAGAGGAAACUCAAGGAACAUCAAGAAGCUGGAAGAAAGGAAAACAGACCCCCUAAGCCUGGAGGGAUACGUCAACUCAGCGCCACUGACAAAGCCCCCCGAAAAGGGCAAAGCUUCUCCUACCAGUCCUGACAAAAAAGCCAAGCGGCAUGAAGUAAAGAGCGACCCGACUCCCUUUGGUGUGCGAGGUUGGAGCAAAACAUCCCACUCACUGGAGGCACCUGAGGACGACGGGGGCUGGUCAAGUGCAGAGGAGCAGAUUAACUCGUCCGACGCAGAGGAGGACGGCGGGUUGGGCCCCAAGAAGCUGGUUCCGGGUAAAUAUACGGUCGUGGCGGACCACGAGAAGGGAGGCCCCGAUGCGCUGCUCGUGAGGAGCGGGGACGUGGUGGAGCUGGUGCAGGAGGGCGACGAGGGCCUUUGGUACGUCAGGGACCCGACCACUGGCAAGGAGGGCUGGGUGCCGGCCAGCAGCCUGUCCGUCCAGCUCGGCCCGUCCGGCUCGGCCCAGUGCCUGAGCAGCUCAGAGUCGAGCCCGGGGUCGGCCGUGCUGAGCAACUCGUCCAGCUGCAGCGAGGGCGGCCAGGCCCCCUUCUCCGACCUGCAGGGGUAGCGCCGCGCAGUCUCGGCGCCGGAGACCCGCGCGCUGUCUGGGGCUGCCGCUGCGAGGGCUGGUGUGGCGUGGGGAGGGCGCAGUGCCCCCGGACGCCCCGAGGAAGGGGCACCUCACCGCCCCGACCCAGAGCGCCUGGCCGUGCGGGCUGCAGAGGACCCCUCCAGGGCAGAGGCAGGUUCCACGGAAGACCCCGGCCCGCUGGGGCUUCCCCGGAGACUCCAGAGCCCACAGAGGAGGGGCCGCAGGGAACAGCCCCGGGCAGGAGGCGCCGGGCAGCGGCAUCUCCUCCUGGCUCCACCGUAGUGCUGCUUCUGCCUCUGGACGGUGCUUUCAGGGGACGCGCGGACCGUGGUGGAGCUGCUUCCGGAGAAGUGGAGGAUCCUCUGGCCAACGGCCUGAGGAGAGCGGGGCACGGGGUCUCUUUAUCUUUUACAAGUUUUAGGAUUUUUUUAAGCAGGGAUCAAUCCCGUGGCCAUUUUUUGUGGUACUUUGGCCUCAAUUCUUUACCAGGAAUCACUGUGUUUACAUGAAAUGACAAUUUGAUACUGUAUUUGAUAGAAAACUAUUUUUUUGUUCCCGGGGUUUACAUAGAAGCACGUUGUUUAUACCACUAAAUGACUUUGGGGGGGCUCUCCCAUGGAAACGGAUGGCACUCCCUGAAGCUCCCUGGUCACAGGUGGAUGAAAACGUGUCCGUGGGUGACAUCAGGUGGUGUCUCCACCACCAAAAGCAGUUAGAAGCCAAGGAGAUUCCUUUAUCUACCUAGGGUUCAUUUUCAAAAGAAAAUUUAAACUAUAAUUUAAACAAUUAACGUUCUUUUCUACAAAAAAAAUGCAGGGACUUGAUUUUUUUUAAAGAGCUUCACUGAAUUAGGAUAUUUUUAUUGCUUUUAAAGAAAAUACAAAGAUGCAGUUUCUGCAGGGUGUGGCGUGGACCAGUGCUGCCGACCAUAGCUCAGAGAGCCCUGCCCCUGCCUCACUGCACUGCAGCCUCCUCGGAGGCCGCACCUCCACUCCACUCCCCACGCGCCCCCUGCCUCCCACCCAGGUCCACCUGCCACCUGGUGACCACCUUGAGUACAGAAGUGAAAGUGGGGAGAGUAUUUUAUUCAAGUCACAGCAGAACUGGAAAAAAACUCUUCUGUUUUACCAACUUCUUGUGUUUCAGAAACAUAUUCUGUUCAAAACUUUUGAAGCCCUUUCGGCGUCUAGUCUGCAGAUGUUUUUGUAUGUGUGCACCUCUGACCAUGUGUGUACAUAUGUGUCUUGCUGGAAAGGACAUAUUCGCUGUCCCCAUGCUGCUGGGAGGGCCGCCUCACAGCCUCAUGGUUCCCAGCCCCAGCACAGUGGAGGCAGGCGUGGCUGCAUUCCCCUCACGCUACCCUCCCAGCGGCUUGUAGCCGUCACUGGCCAGACCUCCAGGAUGCGGAAUCAAAUAGGAAGCAUGCAGAGACUCGGCAGUUUUUCCUCUGAUGUGUAAGUUAUUUGGAAUGCGUGCUGUGCCCUGCGAUGUCCCUGAUGUACUGUGCAGGCGCGGUGCCUCCGUCUCGUCGCACAGCUGCGCGCCCUUGUGUGACCCUCCCCAUAAAGGCACUUUACAGCUUCAUGUUUCAUCCACUGUCACUUUUUUUUAACUGCUGAUGUAAAUGGAAUUUUAAAAGCAGAGUUCUUUAUUGUAUGGAUGACGUUUGAAUAAAUAUCAGCAACUCCUGC